GAUUGUAUGUAGCAAAUUAGCAGAAUGGUGACUGAAUGUUUAGUGUAGCUGUGUGAUUCAAAUGACUUUUGAAGUUGAUGAGUUGUGUGUCGAAGUAGAUGUCACAAUCCGCUCCACACAAACAAUAUGCACGUGUUUAGUAGUUAAUAUUUAAUAUAGUCACUUGUUCCUUCACUGAAUAUUGGUUGACAUGAAUGUAAUUAAAAUUUGUGAAGACAUGAAGGACGCCGUUGAAUUAUUUUCACCGCAGGGACUUUACCUUAAACCUAUUGCAAGACUGAACAUUUCGGUUCAACUGCCACUAAUGAAAUUUACCGGGAAAACUAUUACUAAUUCGGAAUUAAUGGACAAGUUGAAAAGCAUGAUUUUUCCUGACGAAUUCAUUACCUUAAAAGUUGUUAAGAGCACAUUGGAAUUCAUACGAUUCGAAGGUGAAAUUGAAAAUAAAUCUUGUUUGCAAAAUGUCAUAGGGAGAUUGGAUACUCGCACGUUGAAGCUAGCAAAUUUUAGCGAACCCUUGAAGAUACGAGCGGCAGAGGCAAAAAUAGUGUUUCCUACCAGGCAUAAUUGGGAUGCUUAUUUCAGAGACGCAAAGAACAUGAAUGAGACAAAACAUGGAGAGAGACCAGACACAAUAUAUAUAAGCAACUUGCCUUACAAAUGGUUCACGACAAAAAAGGAUAUUAUAAAGGGUAUUAUAAGACCAAGUGAAUAUAUACUUCAGAAGGUUUUUGAAGUAUUUGGUGACGUGAGAUGCAUUGACAUACCAGCUACAGAUCCAUUUAGAAAUAAAAUGAAAUCGCGCAAAACAGGAAUAAAUACAUUCUCGUUUGACCAAGAGCGUACAUUUGAAGCAUAUAUACAAUAUAAAGAAUACAUUUGCUUUGUAAAAGCAAUGGAUUCUUUGCGUGGUAUGAAACUGCUGUACAAGGAGGGAGACAGAGCAUACACAGCUAACAUAAAGGUUGACUUUGACAGAACUAAACAUCUGUCUGAUGAAUCCAUUCAGCGGAGACGUGCAGAGAGGGAGAGACUGAUUACAGAGCGACUUAUUGAAAGGGAGAGGAUACUUUCACAACAUAGACAACAAGCAAAUAACUUGGAGAGACAGAAGAAGAAUUGUAAACAUGAUGAAGAAAGAAGAUAUGAGAGAGCAGUAACAGACUUGCAGAAAGCGAAAGCUGAUGACAUGAAACAAAAAAUUGAUGAAGCUGAGAAACAAAAACAUUUAAUAGUGCAGCAAGAAGUAGAAAGUCUUCAGCUUUUGAAUGCUCUUUUUGAAAGAAUAAAGGUGAGAAGAAAGCACGAAGAAGAGCAACAACAAAAGCUAUUGCAACUAAAGAAUGUAAAAGAAGAAAAAGGACAAAAAAAGAAAAAGGAUAAAAUAAAGAAGAAACACAUGUGUUCUCUUCCUUGGGUAAUUCAAUCUUAUUCCCAGCAGACCCAAGAAGAGAGAGCAGAAAAGAUAGAGAGGGAACUGCGUGAAAGGUUAAUAAAGAAGUACAAGCGACUGCAAAAACUACACGUGAAGGCAGAAGAGACUGAAUUUACAACACCAGCAUGUGAUGAGCAAAAACAAUCCCAUUGCAGUAUCCCCUCUAGUAGUAAACAGACUCCAGAAAGGUCACCACAGAGAAGUAACUCUGGUUCUCCUCUCUGUCACAAGAAGAAACAUAAGAAGAAGCAUAAGCGACAUAAACACAAGUCCAAGACAAAGCACCGCAGAUUCCACAGGAAAAUGGAGCAUCGGCCUUAUUUCAAACGUGUGGACAAUUACAUUUAUACUGGCUGCAACAACUACUUCUAUCACAGUCCUACAUUCCAAUGUGUACCAGGUGGUUAUGCUACCCAUGAUUUCUUUUCACCACAUUGGAAUCCAGAGUUUCAUGGUAGGCAUUUUAGUCACCAGACACAGACUUCACAUUGUGGUGACAUCAACGAUGGCUAUUGCAGAUACUUCAAGAAAUCAUCCAAAGCUAGAGCUAAAUCUGCUGAGGAAAGUGGUGAUCCUAACAAUUCACUGAGCUCUCAUUCAAGAAAGAGAAAGAGAUCAGGGUCUAGAGAAGAAUGUUCACGUGACAGUACCAGUCUCUGUAACCACCCAUCAUCAGUCUCAAGUAAUUUAUCAUCUCAUAAGCAUGAAGAGAGUGAUGAAAAAUCUCACAACUAUCACAAAAAUGUAGAAGUACAAACAAAACAGAAGAAGAAAAGCAAAAGAUGACAAUUUAUUGAAUAAAGAUGUUUCUUACAUUCUUCGAUUGAAUGUCUAUGUGUUGAUAUUUUUAUGAUCUUGUAGCAAACAAGAUAAAAUUGUAUAUUGUACCCUCAUUCUUUCUGUAUAAAGACUAGUAAAAAUAAAUGAAGUUAAUGUCCCGCAA